AUGAUUUUUGUUUCGAAAAUUCAUACGUUAUUAAUUUUUAAUAAAAGUACAAGGUUAAAAAGAUUUUUUUGUACGAAACCCGUCAGAGUGAGAUUUGCUCCAAGUCCUACUGGAUUGUUACAUUUGGGCGGUUUAAGAACUGCAUUAUUUAAUUAUUUAUUUGCAAAAUCUCAAAAUGGAAUUUUCAUACUCAGAAUUGAAGAUACAGAUUUAGAAAGGAAAAUUGAUUUUGCAACUGAAAAUUUAAUUAAAGAUUUAGAAUGGUGCGGUAUUAAAUUCGACGAAGGACCUUAUUUCCAAACGGAAAGGAUAAACAUAUAUAAAAAAUAUGCUAAACAGUUAUUGGAAAAUGAUUCUGCUUACUAUUGCUUUUGCAGUAAGGAAAGAUUGGAAUUGUUGAGAAAAGAAAUGAUAAAAACGGGGGAAGUCCCAAGAUACGAUAAUAAUUGCAGACACAUGUCAAAAGAUGAAAUCGAUGAUAAACUUAAAAGUGGAAGUCAACCCUGCAUAAGGUUUAAGUUAACAAAAUAUAAUGAACCGAUACCUGAUUUAAUUUUCGAUUCGAUCAAACAUGAUGUCCAUGAAGUCGAAGGAGAUCCGAUUAUAUUAAAAGCAGACGGCUUUCCGACAUAUCAUUUGGCUAAUGUUGUCGAUGAUCACUUGAUGAAAAUUUCGCAUGUUUUAAGAGGAGUCGAAUGGCAGAUAUCAACAGUAAAACAUAUUCUUCUCUACAAAGCAUUCAAUUGGACUCCUCCUUUGUUCGGUCACAUUCCUUUACUAUUAAAUGCAGAUGGUUCGAAAUUAUCUAAAAGGCAAAAUGAUAUCAACAUCCAACAGUUAAGAAACAAUGGUUACUUUUCGAAUGCCAUAUUAAAUUUUGUUAUCAAAUCGGGAGGUGGUUUUAACAUUAAUCACGAUGAAAAAUGUACAAAAAUAUUUUUAAUGAAUGAAUUAGUGAAUGAAUUUAAUGUAUCGAGAAUAAGUAACAUUUCAUCGAAAAUUGAUUUGAAGGAUUUAGAUUGUUACAAUCAUUUUGAAAUAGAAAGAAUGCUUGAAACAAAUGAGGGAACAAAUUCAUUAAUUGAUCAAGUAUUGCAAUUACUUUCAGAAAAAUAUAAAAAUGUGACUUUGGAUGAGUGCGUUUUAAAACGGGAUUACAUAAAACAAAUAUUACAUAAAAUGAAAAAGAGAAUUGUUAAUUUAAAAGAUUUGAUUUCGAAUGAAAAUUCAUUUCUAUGGUUUUGGGAUGGUCAAAUAAAAAUAAAUGAAAAUGAUGCAAUCAUAGUUGAAAAUUUUUUAAGGGAUAUUGAUAAUAUCGAAUGGACGUUUGAAGGAAUAAAAAUAUUUAAUAAAAAAUUUGCUGCGGAUAAUAAAGUGAAAUUUUCCGACUUAAUGAAAAUAUUUCGUUUCAUUUUAAUUCGUGCAAAGGAAGGUCCGGGCGUUGCUGAAAUUUUAUUAAUUUUAGGAAAAGAUGUUGUUCGACAUCGUUUGAGUGUUGCUUUAAAUAAUUUUCAAGCAUUAUGA